UCAUGUUUGUAUUUUUUAUGGUCAGUCACAUCCGUUGAUAUUAAAAGUGGAAACACAUUUAAUAUGAAUGCGCUUUACCUGGGUAUUUUGUCUGAAGGUUUAAAAUAAACUUUGUGACAUUUAUAAUUUGGAAGACAAAAUAUCAGACUGAUUGUACACAACUAAUGUUUAAAAAUUUGUCUAAUUUAUACAUUUCUAAAUACUUUUAUUACUGGCAAACGUUUAUCAUUCUUGUUCAUGCUUAACUCACUACAAGACGCUAUCGAUUGAUUGUUGUUAGACCUUUACAGUUCAGUUAUUAUUAUUUCAGUAUUAUUAAUCUAGAAGGAACUGAUAUUUAGGGUUUUCAACAAAAUAUCAUCUUCUAUACAUUUAUGGAAAAUCUUUUCUUCCAAUCAGUAUAUUUUGAUUAAGUUAAGUUUAGUAGCUUGCUUUUGUUGGUCUAUUAAUAUCUUCGCCCAAUGAUUGAAUUGGCCUGGAGGAUGAAAAGGCUAUGUUGAUCAGUGUGGAACAUACUGACCUCACCACAAGAUGACCCUGAAACAUAUGGUCAGGUUAUGUCAAUGGCUUGGCUCAUUCUGAUGUGUAGGGGUGUGGGUGUUUGUAGUAUUGACCUCUUGGUUAUGGUGACCUUCCUGUGUAGAGUUCAAGGUCAGCUUGUGUAGGCAGACAUAAACAGUGCGGCUUAGUGUGGGCUGUCUUAGUUUUCAUGUAGAUAGAAUGGGAGAAUCAGCGAGUGUGGAGAGCUGUCCGGUGGCUGACCCGCCAGACCUUACAGAAAACAUGGAGUUGGAUGAUCGAGACAGGGAGUUAGACAAAAUAUUGAACCAGAUGAAGGAUGAUAUUAUACAGACUGAGUAUGCCACUCGCCAGAAUUACGAUAACCAGUUUGAACCAUUACAGCGUGCCCGUGCCAACACCCUGUCCCCAGGGCCCACCCCGAUGACCUCCAAAAACCUACCUACAGUCUUCAAAUGGGAUGGGGGUGGCAAAGAGGUAGCUAUAGGAGGUAGCUUCAAUAACUGGAAAACAAAAAUACCAUUAGUAAAGAGUCAAGGGGAAUUUUACACAAUAAUAGAUUUACCAGAAGGGGAUCAUCAGUACAAGUUUUACGUGGAUGGUCAGUGGGUACACAAUGCUGCAGAGCCAACAGCCACAAAUGAUUUAGGAACUCUUAACAAUAUUGUGAAAGUCAAAAAAAGUGAUUUCGAGGUUUUUGAAGCACUUGAUAUAGACAGUAAAAAUGCAGCAAGCUCUAAAAAACAUGCGGAAGUGUCUGGUUCUCCCCCAGGGGAAUAUGGUCAAGAAAUUCCUAUGCGGCGGCCCAAUGAGAAGCACAGCGGUCCGCCAAUACUACCUCCCCAUCUACUCCAGGUUAUAUUAAACAAGGACACUCCAGUCCACUGUGAACCCACCUUAUUACCAGAACCAAACCAUGUUAUGUUAAACCAUUUAUAUGCCUUAUCCAUAAAGGAUGGUGUUAUGGUACUGAGUGCUACCCACAGGUUCAGGAAAAAAUAUGUGACGACUCUAUUGUACAAACCAAUCUAGGCAUUAUCAAAGACUUCAACACUGUGUAAUCUAUUAUAAAUACUUAUGUUUGUGUAUGUGGGCUUAUGUAGUACGAGUAGUGUAAAUAGAGAACUAGCUUCACUGUGGAUGGUGUACCAAGAUGCCAGCAGAGAGCAGACUUCUGACGAAAACCUGAAUGACAGUCGUGCCAUGCACCUUGGGAUAUAUGUCUGCAAGUUCGUUGGUUUUUCUGAGUUUAAAUGAUUUAGUGCUGAUAUCAUGCUUAUUGGAGAAGUGGAAGGAAUCGAAACUGACUGCUUGAUAUUUUGUGAAAUGAAGCCAUGAAACUGGGUGUUUUUUUAUUCUUGAAACUUCAAGAAAAGUUGAUAACUGGAUACAGCUGACCUGUUCAGUAGUGUUCUAUUCUGAAUACCUUAAAUGUGGUUACUUUGCUGUAUGGUGACUAUUGUAAAUUGAAUAAGCUUGUCUGAAAGCCUGUACUAUAGGGCAGCUUCUAUUUUGAUGAUCUGCUACAUACUGGUACAUCCAGAUGUCUAGCAGCCUAUACAUAUACCUUGUUAACCUAUACUUUAGGGAGGGGCCUCUGUGGCUCAGUUGGUUAGUGCGCUAGCCCAGCGUAAUGACCCAGGAACCUCUCACCAAUGCUGUCGCUGUGAGUUCAAGUCCAGCUCAUGCUGGCUUCCUCUCUGGCCGUAAGUGGGAAGGUCUGCCAGCAACCUGCGGAUGGUCGUGGGUUUCUGCCAGGGUCUGCCCGGUUUCCUCCUUUUUGACUUGUAGUCAUUCUAUGGAAUUGUUUAUUUAGAAGCAGUUAACACUGCCAUGGAUUGUAAUUGUUGCCAUUUUCAGAAAAGGUAAUAAUUUGUUAGUCUAUUUGUGGGAUUUCACGCAAUGUACAUUUACAUGUAUUGAAAGUUAGGAUGCCGCUUGUUGCUAGUUGGUCAUGUUGUACAGUGUCCCACUUUAAGUGCUAAUUGUGAGAGCUAUCCUACGUCAAACUUAUUUUCAAUGGAGCAAUACAGGACUCGAGAAAUAGCCUUAAGAAAGCCUAGAAGAUGUUGACUGUCUGGGAAUUUGCCUGUCCCUGUAAAUGUUAGCUUAACAUGAUUUUGGUAAAUUUCACAGAAUUUCCCAUUGGUGUUUGGAAUGAUCUUGGUUUGUUGACUGUACAUGUAGCUUUCCUGGACCUUAUAUUCUAGUACUGCCUGCUAUCAGGGAUAAUUAACUGAUUACACUGUAAUCAGUGUAGUGGCUGUCCUGUGGAGUUCAUCACCUGAACGUUUUAGAAGGUAGGAAGCUGUUUUAGCUGGCUCUUGUUAGGGUUGGGAAGUAUACAAGGACAGACUGUGUACACCUUGUAUCAUGUUUGCAUUUUAGUGCCCAAUAAGGCAAUACACUGAUAAGAUUUGCUUACUUACCUAAACUCAGAUUAGGUCUGCCUGACAAAAAACUUCAAGUACUUAAUUUUAUGCUGACAUAUCACUUUUGUCAUUGGAAUUAUAUUAUUAAAUUGUUUCUGUUUAGCUUAGAAAUAAACAGAUCAUAGGUUUCAUAAGAUAUAUGUUAUUUACAAGUGGUAAAAAUGGAUGAAGUAUAUUUUCCAAGAGAUAAUGCGAAAGCCUAUUAUAGUGUUUUGCUCACAGAUCAGUAGUAAACAGGAAAGACAGGGUUCUUCUCAGCAGCAAGCACAGACAGGAGUAAUGUUAAUUUAAUUUUUGUCCUAUCAGACGCAUGUUUUGUAGGGCAGUGCAGUCUAAGCUCUUUUUUUUUUCCAAUGUGGGCACUCAUUCUAUGCAGAAAUACUGGAAAUUCUCCAAUGGAUAAUUUCUCUGGCUAUUUUGUUGUAUAACGCAGUUUCCUAAGCAAUAGCUGAAGGUCUAAGUUCAGAAGGAUUUUAUAUGUAUUGUGUACGUAAACUAUGAAUGUGUUCUUAGAUGGCUGGAGCCCAAGUCUGGCUGAUGAAUACAUCACAAGUAGCUGGCUGGAGCCCAAGUCUGGCUGAUGAAUACAUCACAAGCAGCUGGCUGGAGCCCAAGUCUGGCUGAUGAAUACAUCACAAGUAGCUGGCUGGAGCCCAAGUCUGGCUGAUGAAUACAUCACAAGCAGCUGGCUGGAGCCCAAGUCUGGCUGAUGAAUACGUCACAGGCCGCUGGCUGGAGCCCAAGUCUGGCUGAUGAAUACGUCACAAGUAGCUGGCUGGAACCCAAGUCUGGCUGAUGAAUACAUCACAGGCAGCUGGCUGGAGCCAGACAAAACCUACAUGAACACACAAACUACUUUAUGGGGUUGAUCAAAAUCAGCAAAAAAAAAAAGUAUUUAAAGUUGCUUUUGGAACAAUAGCCUCUGUUGAUAGACCUUAUAUUUGACCAGAGUUACCUGACCAGGGUUACCUGUUAUGUCACUUCAUCAACCAAGUAUUUACUGAACCUUAGGUACUGACGUUUAUUUUAAUAAGGCUUCUUGACUGUUAAAUUAACAACCUGAAUGGAUUUAUUAAGUCACUCAUAGAUGUAUUUCGAAUUUGUCUCCAAUGUUAUCUUAAUUACUGUGUUCAGUAUAAAUCUAUGUGCUAUAAUUGUGUGUCUAUAGGAAACCUACUGUCACAUACCCUUUGGGUCAUUUUUGUGUGUUUUAAGGUAGUGCUUGACACACAGGAAUUUACACAAAUAUGAAUUAGGUUAUCUGUAUGAGGAUUGUUUGUGUGUGUAAAUUGUUUAAGACUGCAUCCAUGUACCUUAAUACUUUGUUUUUUUUUAAUUCAUGUAUAACACGAAAAUCUUUGACAAGAUUUUUAUGUUGUUUUGUUGGGUUUUUUCCUUUUUUUUAUGUUAAAGUGGUAUUAGUUGAUUUUUGUCCUGGUAAAUACAUUGUAAUGUUCAGCAUGAACUUAUCGGUAUGGAUAAAUGCGUUUGUGGCUGGCCACUGUUUUCAAGGCUGGAAAUAAAUGGAUGAAAGGAAAGUAUAAAGUUUGAUUUCCCCCAGGUGUAUAUAUGGAUGUACAAUUAUUGGGUGAACUGAGGAAGGAUGACUAGAUACAGUAUCUAGAAAGAAAUCUAUCUAUACCAAAUGCGCACAUGAUGUACAUAAGCAAUCAGGUGUCCCGAAGAAUCCGCAAAUAUAAUAUAUACAUUAUAAAUGUAACAAUAACUGUAUUUAUGAUGUACAUUAGCUACUUUAGAAGCGGUCUGGGGAGGAUUGGACUUGAAUGUGCACCUGAAGGCCCAUCAACUCUGCAAAAGAUGUUUUGUAUAAAGCUAAAAGUACCGAAGAGCAUGUACGCAAUGUUUUGCUAGUGCUAGUGCCCAGUGACAGAAUGGGCAGGGUUGGCCUGUGUGUGAAAGGAACAGUGACAGAGCAUUCAGUUAUCUUCAUAAAUGUAGCAAUACCAUGAACACUUUUGUUUUUUCAUGCCAACAUCUACUUGUACGUGUUAUUUGUUUGUCCAGUGUAUUUUAUGCAUACUUUUAGAAGUGAUAUGAAACUAGUGUUUUUCCAGCACUUCAGAAAAGCAACUACUGUUGUUGGCUGGCUUACACAGCAUGUACUGCUGAUUUCACUGCAUUUUUGUUUUCUACUCUUCAUUUUAUACUGAACACAAACUACACAGAAAACCCUACUUUCAAAACCA